GGGUCCCUCCGGCCGGUCUCGGAUUAGUCCCCCUUCGGGAUCGACUUGAUCACGCACCCCUUUCCCGGAGCAGUGCCUGUCAGAGCCAUGUCCCAGGGCCUGUACCACGAGGAGUUCGCCCGAGCGGGCAAGCAGGCGGGACUGCAGGUCUGGCGGGUGGAGAAGCUCGAACUCGUGCCGGUGCCCCAGAGCGCUUACGGCGACUUUUACGUCGGGGAUGCCUACCUGGUGCUGCACACCGCCAAGGCGAGCCGGGGCUUCACCUACCGCCUGCACUUCUGGCUGGGAAAGGAGUGCACUCAGGAUGAAAGCACAGCGGCUGCCAUCUUUACUGUUCAGAUGGAUGACUAUUUGGGAGGCAAGCCAGUGCAGAGUAGAGAACUUCAAGGCUAUGAAUCUACUGAUUUUGUUGGCUACUUCAAAGGAGGUCUGAAAUACAAGGCCGGAGGUGUGGCAUCUGGACUAAAUCAUGUUCUCACGAAUGACUUGACCGCUAAGAGGCUCCUGCAUGUGAAGGGUCGGAGAGUGGUCAGGGCCACGGAAGUUCCCCUUAGCUGGGACAGUUUCAACAAGGGCGACUGCUUCAUCAUUGACCUUGGCACUGAAAUUUACCAAUGGUGUGGUUCCUCGUGCAACAAAUACGAGCGUCUGAAGGCAAGCCAGGUUGCCAUUGGCAUUCGGGACAACGAAAGAAAAGGAAGAUCUCAACUAAUUGUGGUGGAAGAAGGAAGUGAGCCAUCAGAGCUCAGAAAGGUUUUAGGGACAAAGCCGGAGCUUAGGGAUGGAGACGAUGAUGACGACACCGUAGCAGACAUAACCAACAGGAAAAUGGCUAAACUCUACAUGGUUUCAGAUGCCAGUGGAUCCAUGAGAGUGACUGUGGUUGCAGAAGAGAACCCCUUCUCCAUGGCAAUGCUGCUUUCUGAAGAAUGCUUUAUUUUGGACCACGGUGCUGCAAAACAGAUUUUCGUAUGGAAAGGUAAAGAUGCUAAUCCCCAGGAGAGAAAGGCUGCAAUGAAGACAGCUGAAGAAUUUCUGAAGCAAAUGAAUUAUUCCACCAAUACCCAAAUUCAAGUUCUUCCAGAAGGAGGGGAAACACCAAUCUUCAAACAGUUCUUUAAGGACUGGAGAGAGAAAGAUCAGAGUGAUGGCUUCGGGAAAGUCUAUGUCACCGAGAAAGUGGCUCGAAUAAAACAAAUUCCAUUUGAUGCCUCAAAACUACAUACUUCUCCGCAGAUGGCCGCCCAGCACAAUAUGGUGGAUGAUGGUUCCGGCAAAGUGGAGAUUUGGCGUGUAGAAAAUAAUGGUAGGAUCGAAAUUGAUCAAAACUCAUAUGGCGAAUUCUAUGGUGGUGACUGCUACAUUAUACUCUACACUCAUCCCAGAGGACAGAUUAUCUACACCUGGCAAGGAGCAAAUGCCACGAGAGAUGAGCUGACAACAUCUGCAUUUCUGACUGUUCAGUUGGAUCGGUCCCUUGGAGGACAGGCUGUGCAGAUCCGAGUCUCCCAAGGCAAAGAGCCUGCUCACCUGCUGAGUUUGUUCAAAGACAAACCGCUCAUUAUUUACAAGAAUGGAACAUCAAAGAAAGGAGGUCAGGCGCCUGCUCCCCCUACACGCCUCUUUCAAGUCCGGAGAAACCUGGCAUCUAUCACCAGAAUCAUGGAGGUAGAUGUCGGUGCACAUUCUUUGAAUUCCAAUGAUGUUUUUGUCUUGAAACUGCGACAAAACAGUGGCUUCAUCUGGAUAGGAAAAGGUGCUAGCCAGGAGGAGGAGAAAGGAGCAGAGUAUGUGGCAAGUGUCCUCAAAUGCAAAACCACAAAGAUUCAGGAGGGCCAGGAACCAGAGGAGUUUUGGAAUUCCCUUGGAGGGAAAAAACACUACCAGACCUCUCCACUGCUAGAAACCCAGGCUGAAGACCAUCCGCCUCGGCUUUACGGCUGCUCUAACAAAACUGGACGAUUCAUCAUUCAAGAGGUUCCAGGAGAGUUCACCCAGGAUGAUUUAGCAGAAGAUGAUGUCAUGUUACUAGAUGCUUGGGAACAGAUUUUUAUUUGGGUCGGCAAAGAUGCCAAUGAAGUUGAGAGAACAGAAUCUCUGAAGUCUGGUAAGCGAGAUCCCAUGGACAAUGAAUGGCAUUUAUCCUGA